AUCCCGCACGCGGGUUGCGUGCGGUGUCCGAUCCGCAUGGAUUAAUUUUUCCUAUGUAUGCCCGAAGCCCACGCCUGCAUCUUCCCCCUCCCGGUUUCGCCCGAAAUCAUCGACUUCAUGAUCGAAACUCUGCGAUACACUUGCCAUCAUAGCUAGCUGGGAAGGCAGCGCCGGGAUCGUGGCUUACAGAAACUAGUGGAACUCCCAUCUUUCUCAUCUGUCCGCUCCGGUCUGCUCCUACAAGAAACCAUUGAGAAAGCAGGAAAAAAGGGUUUGUGCUGCCCGCCCUCAUUUUUGCUACAAUCAGAAUCUUCAAAUGAAUAUGCUACAAUUGGGCUUGGCGGUCGUCUUGGCGUCUGGCCUCGCAUCCAUCAUUGUCUUCAUCACCGGCGUCUCCAACUUUUAUGGAGGCUCGAGAGUUUCGUAUGAGGAGCUGAGCGCCAUCAUAUCGCUGCGCAGCGGCGUUAGAAAAUGUGUGAACUCAAAUGGACUAGGUUUGCAGGCUGUCGGCGGUGGCGAUGUUUGUCAAAUUUCAAUCAAGUUCCCGAGCGACACAAUUUCAAAGUGGAAAGAUCCCAAGACUGGAGAACUUGAAGGUUUAUCGUUUGACUUCAAUCUCUGUGAAGCAGUAUCUACGUGGGAGCAAGUCCGCAACAGCACUACCAUACUUACGAAGGAGUACAUUGACGCUCUACCAAAUGGGUGGGAGGAGUAUGCCUGGCAGAGAAUCAAUAAAGGGGCACUUCUCAACCGUUGUGAGAACAAGACAUUGUGCAUGGAAAAACUUUCACUGGUAGUCCCUGUAAAACCACCACUCUUGCCACGACAGUUCGUUCGUUGUGCAGUUGUUGGUAAUUCCGGAGAUCUUCUGAAAACAAAAUUUGGAGAUGAGAUCGACAGUUAUGAUGCUGUUAUUCGAGAAAAUGGCGCUCCAAUCCAGAAUUACACGAAAUUUGUUGGUAGGAAAAGUACAUUUCGGCUGCUCAAUAGAGGAUCGGCAAAGGCACUUGAUAAAGUUGUAGAGUUAGAUGAGCAAAAGAAGGAAGUUCUUAUUAUCAAGACUACAAUCCAUGAUAUUAUGAGCAAAAUGAUAAAGGAAAUUCCAAUUCAUAAUCCUGUAUAUCUUAUGUUGGGCACCUCUUUUGGUUCUGCUGCCAAAGGAACUGGGCUGAAAGCCCUCGAAUUUGCUCUUUCUAUAUGUGAUUCUGUUGAUAUGUAUGGCUUCACUGUGGAUCCUGGCUACAAAGAAUGGACAAGAUAUUUUUCAGAGUCCAGACAAGGACAUACUCCAUUGUAUGGAAGAGCAUACUACCAGCUAAUGGAAUGCCUAGGACUUGUCAGGAUCCACUCUCCAAUGAGGGCAGAUUUUAACAGGGUGGUUGAUUGGCUUCCAAGUCCAGGCACAAUUGCUGCUGCUAGAAUUGCAUCAGAGAAACUUUUGAAGCGAGUAGGAGCUGGUGCGGGAGAGCCAUGGGGCCCAUGCUCCAUCAUCAAAAAGAGAGACAGGGGGAAGAAGACAGCAGACUUGUCUGAGUUUCGUGAUGCUGUUUUGAAGCACCAACAAUACGUGAGAGGCGCAGCCAUGUAUCCUCUGGAGCGAAGUCCUGGCCAUGGUAUGCUCUGCAUCAUCCCUGAUGCUUAAAAUCAGUCCUCAUUUUCCCCAGGCGUGCAAUUCCUUCUACAGAUUUCUACUGAUAUUAUUUACAAAUCUGCCAUUACCAUCCAAUUUUUUAUACUUUUUUGAGGCUCAUCUGUUUAAUGUAA